AUGGUGAUCCAAUAUCAAGGGUCUCAGAUCCCCAUCUCGUUCGCAUCAUGCAGCAUCCCCAUGAAGAUCAGGGCCAGCCUUCCCGACAAGCUAGGCGCCAUUCGAAAAGCCGGCUUCGACGGAAUUGAGCUUUCUAUGCCUGAUAUCCUUGACUAUGGAAAGCUUCUCAGUGGAUCUCAACCAAAAGAGGACGACUAUGAUACGCUUGCCGAUGUUGUGAAGCAGAUCAAGGCGUUGACGGAUGAGUUGGGCCUGAAGAUUAUGAUGCUUCAGCCUUUUGCGAAUUUCGAAGGUUGGAAGAAGGGCGAACAUGACGACCAGAGGAAGAAGGUUUUUGAAAAGGCGCGUGGAUGGGUCAAGGUUAUGGAGGCUGCUGGUAUCACUUUGCUACAGGUUGGCUCAUCCGACUCGGAAGGCAUCUCAUCCUCAUUCGACGACUUGGCCUCCGAUCUCGCAGAACUAGCAGAUCUUCUCGCCGAAAAAGGCUUCAGCAUCGCCUACGAAAACUGGUGCUGGGCCACCCACGCCCCAACCUGGAAAACAGUCUGGCAAAUCGUCCAAAAGGCUAACAGACCUAAUAUCGGUCUCUGCCUAGACACCUUCCAAACCGCUGGUCUCGAGUGGGGAGAUCCCACCACCAAGGACGGUCUCAUCAAAGCAAACAGCGAUGAGGAGCGCAAAACUCGCUGGCACAAGAGCCUUGAAGAACUAGCUGCCACUGUGCCAGCAGAUAAGAUUUAUCUCCUUCAGAUCUCGGAUGCGUACAAGAUGGAUCCUCCUAUCGAGGAUCAGAAAGAUGAAGAGGGGAGAUAUGCUGCAUGCUGUGCUGAAGACUGGGUUCAGGAGUUGGUUGUCGGUGGAGGUGUUUGA